AUGGCUGGAUCAAAACCAAUACGCGCGUGGACAGCAAACCAGGGCCUGCUUAUCUACCAUCAAGGACACUCAUCACAUGACACCAACAGAAAACAAUCCUCCAACCAAGACCAGUAUAUUCAAAAAGGCGAUCCUGUCAAUCACAUAGCUUUCGUCAAGAUACACAAGGCCGCAAGUACAACCAUUGCAAAUAUAUUUCAGCGCUACGGCUAUGAAAAUAAUCUCGUGUUUGCUCAGCCAAGAGGCAAAGGCGGGGAUGGCCCUUCUUUGACACCACGCUACUUCUUUCCACCACCAAACAAUAAAAUUUAUGACAUUGCUUGUGCACAUGCCGGAUACAACAGAGAAGAAUUUAGUACAGUGCUACCUAACGAUACAGUGUAUAUAGGUGUCGUGAGAGAGCCGUACAGCCAUUUUCGAUCCUUUAUAAGAUAUUUUCGUCCAAAAAAUGUGCUGAAUAUACCUGGAAACCACCCUGUUUUGGAUUAUUUGUCUCAUUCAGAACAUCAUAUAAAAUACCAUGGCUCCAUUCAUAUCCGAACAAAAAAGAUUGAUCACGAGUUUAAUAUGAUGGCGAUUGAGUUUGGAUUUCCUGGGGAAUUAUUUUUGAACAUGGAUCGAAAAGGGCUACAGAUGUAUUUACGCAAACUUGAUAAAGAGAUGGAUAUCAUGUUAGUAGUAGAACAUUUUGAUGAAUCUAUUGUGCUGAUGCGACGACUCCUGAACUGGGAUCUCAGAUAUAUGUUAUAUGGUAAAAUACAUGUUAACAAGGAAGAAGAUCCCCGGCUGCAGUUUGGAUCAACAGAGGAACAACUGUUUAAAAACAGGUCCUACCUAGAUUAUGCACUAUAUGACCUUUUUCUUGAAAAAAUGAAAAAAAAUCUGAAACGGCAACUUCCUGAUUUUUAUGAGGAGCUGGCUUAUUUCAGAAAAACAAGAAUAAAAUUUGAAAAUUUCUGUUUGUCUGCUCAAUCUGGCGACAAGAACAUAACGGAACUAUCAUUUGAAGGCAGUAAGUGGAACAAAUCAUUUGUCAUCAAAAAGUCACUUUGUGAAAAUCUAUUUAUCAGUGCAAGCACGUUUUUUAGGAAAAUACUAAGAGAACAGCGUCUCCGUGAUGGAAUUAUGUAA